GAGAGCUACCAUCCGCUACAUUUGGUGUGUUCACCGUAGCCUGUAUGCUGAAGCCUUCUGCUAGGUCUUUUAGGAGUUCAAAGCAGUGACAUCCCUGUGUUUUAAACCCACCACAUAAUAGUAAUAAUAACCAGCCAUGGAUUCACCAGGAGUUGCUCAACCGGUUAUGUGUGAAGUCUGUGGAACAUACUUUGAGACACGCCGAGGGCUCUCCAGCCAUGCCCGCCUGCAUCUACGGCAACUAGGCGUCACAUUGUCAGAAACCAGUGGCGCUCCAAUAGAACUUCUUUAUCAGUUGAUCAAGAGAGAGAUGGUUCCCUCCCAGAUUUGAAAGCAGAUUCUUAUGUGACUGGACUGAGCCCUACAGGAGACCAACAGGAGUCCAGUUUAGUAUCAGAGGAUGAAAAUCCCUCUCUCAAAGCAGGGGACAGAGUUAUCACAACCCCACAGAAGUUGGAUCCCCAGGGAUCUCCAGUCAGAUUAAAAGAAUCCACUCUUCUCCCUUUAUCUCCAUCUGCUCUCAGGAUGGCUGAAUCUAGAUUAAGUGAAGGUACCUCUUCCUCCUUAGGAAACUUAACCAAGCCACUCUGGGCACCACUGGAAACUGAUGCCCCGAUCACUUUAGACACCAGUGAUGAGGUCCAUGUGUGCCAGCUUUGUGGCUGCUGGUACGAGACACGAAAAGCUUAGCCAGUCAUGCUCGAGUCCAUCUGCGUCAAAUCGGAAUCGCUGACAGUGAAGUCAAAGGCAGCCCUAUUGAAUAUCUCUUACCAAAUCAUGGAGGAUGAAGAUGUCAAGCCCAUCAGCAGUGAACAAGAGCAAUCAGCUCUGACAGCCCUCCAAGACCCUCCUCCAAACGUCCUGCUGAUCUGUCCCCUCCACCCAUAUCUCCGGCACCAGCAAACGGCCAAAAGGACUGGUGGAGUUUACUUGUAUUCUGUGUGGGGAGAUGUUUGAGAAUCGCAAAGGCCUUGCCAUCCAUGCACGUUACCACCUGCGUCACAUCGGGGUGAAUGACUUGCUGGGGAAAAGCUCUGCGAUUGAGACGGUCCAAGAGCUGGUGACACCGCGGGAUGUUGAAAGGGCUCCAUCCGCUGAAAACACCAAGCUUAAAGCCAACUCAUCUGCAGGACAGUCUCCAGCCACGAGUUCUCCCCCUAACUCUGCCUCUGUCUGCGGCUCCUGGCCAGUCCCAGACGUUUUCCCCCAAAGCAUCCUCAGUCUCCUCACCGGGCUCCAAAGGACUAAAAAAGGGUUUCGCCUCGCAGUGGACCCCCUCCUUCGGAAGCCAAAACGGAGCUUGUGGAACUGAGGUUUCUGUUCCAAUGCGUGGAUCCGCACCAUUAGCAGCUCUCCCACUCAGAAGCCGGCUGGUCCUACUAUUGUUUCCAAGCCUCUUGAUGCGGAUGUACAGUCUCCACCAACGGUCUUGUGUGAUUUCUGUGGCCAGCUGUUCGACACCCGCAAAGCUCUGUCUUGUCAUGUCCGCUCCCAUCUGCGCCAGCUCGGCCUCACAUGGUCCAUCAAAACAUCACCUAUUGAUCUCCUCAGAGAGGUCAUGAUGCAAGGUGAAGAAGGCAUGAAAGUGCCCAGUGGGGCUUCAGCGUCCGGCAAAGUCACAGGGACACCUCAAGGCUCCAGAAGGUCUGUGGACAGCGUUUUGUCUGGAGAACCCUCCUCCAAACCCUCCACUUCACCUCUCGACUAUUCCAUGAAAGAGAAAUCUCCACCUGGCAAGACGGGGACCUCACCGAUUGACACCUCAUGUGAGCUGUGUGGGUUUGACUUUGAAAACCGUAAGGCUCUGGCCAGUCACGCUAGGGCCCACCUCCGACAGCUGGGCUUGUAUGAGUGGAAGGCAGAGGGGGCGACUUCACCGAUCGAACUCCUCAGUGAGCUGAUGCGGAAGGACCCGGCUAGGGUGUCGGAACUCACCCAGCGCUUUCGUAGUUAUAUGAAGAAGGCCCAGAGAACAUCUUCACCUUCGCUGUCCACGGACUCUGACUCUGUGCCGGGCAGUAGCCUGAAGAUUAUGGGGCAACAGUCUGAGCACAGGGUCCGCAGAGAAGACCCUGGGGCUGCUACCAGCUCAAUGAGACAAUUGCAAGGCCAUACUCGGCCUGUGGCAGCCCCAAGGGGAGUCCAUCAAAAACAUGUAACCACAGGGGAGGAAUCCAGCUCUCAGCAAACACCACGGUCUGGCAGCAUCCCUGCAAUGCUGCCAAAGCCCCCACUUACCCCCUUGGUCAAGCUGGUGGGGAAAAUCUACUCCCUCAAAUGCAGGUUUUGUGAUGAGGUGUUUCAUGGACCUCUGUCUGUUCAAGAGCAGUGGAUUACACACCUGCAGAAACACAUCCUGACACUGGGCUAUAAAGGCAAAGCAUCCCCUCCUACUCCACCAGUGGCCUCUCCAGCCCUCGUCCACCCAGUCGCUGUCUAGUCUAUCAAUGCUUUCCUGCAAUUAACAUUCAGUUUUUAAAUGUCAGAGACAAAGCCUGCUCCUUUCAUGUGCAUUUUGGUGUUAAAACAUGAAGUGAAAUAGAUGUUCCCUUUUUGCCCUAGAGAGGGCAACCCUGAGCCAUAUGAGAAAAGCAGCAAAAGUCCAGUCGAUUUGGAAGACCACUUAAUAACUUGGUGCUUUCGUCUCCCAUGCACUUAAAAUCUGUCCAUUUUCACCAAAGGCAUAGGCUUGAUCUAAAUAGUACCCCUCCUCCUCUACAACAUCCUCUGAUCUUUGUCAUUUGUAAUUUAUUCUUUCAUUUUCUCUUAGAAAGUCUUGAACAAAUCAUCACCUGAAGCGCUGAGGAUGCAGCUGCUUCUCCCUCAGCUGGUCCUAUGUCUUAUCACCUCUUGGUUUAGUUUGAGUCUGUAAAUUAUCUCAUUCUUUACAUUCACCCAUUUUAUGUUUACCUCUGCUGACAACUGGACUGUCAGUCCACAGGUUGGAGAAGCCAGGGUUAUCUUGGUAGUUGGCAUUAGAUGACACAGUGUUCACUAACAUCAGCUGACAUUAUUUUCCACAGUGAGGAGGCUGGGGACGUUGGGUAAUGAUGACUUGUGAGUUCAUUUCUUGUUACUGACGCUCUGGCUGGUGAAAACAAUCCUGACAUCCCCUCUCCUCCCACAUUUCAUCCACAUGCAAACCUAUGCCCUUGAUUUGUACAGAUGUUAGAUUUGAAUGUUUAUUUCCAAUCUUGCAUUUUUUUUAAGAUGAUGUGAAAAUGAAAAUUGUAUUUGUAUUUCUAUUAUUUCUCCUGAUGACACCAGAAUGGUUGGUUUUUCACUGUGAUGCACCGUUUCUCCUUCGCCAGACUUUGCCUUAAUCUUUGUUUUAUGAAUUAAAAAAA